AUGUCAAAAACAAAAUCGAAAAAACCACAGGCCAGUAAAAGAAAGCUACUAUUCUGUAUUGCUAUAUCAGAAUUGAACAUCCUGAGACGAUCAGAGUUACGAAAUGCGGCUAGAGUGGACAGGGCAGCUGAAUUGGCGAAUGGAAAGUCGAGUGCCAACCCUAGCGUGCAGCGCUCACGGCGCCGGCACCAGGCACCGCCGGGCCUCCUACGAUACCGGGGAACACCUAGCAAUGGUCCUGCACCGCGGGCGGUUCCGCGGGCGCCCAUCUACAGAACAAUCGUUUCGAAAAUUAUUUCGAAUCCGCCUUCAGCUAAGAGCGAGUCAGCGAGCGUCUUCGGGAACGCCCCCGCCGCGAAUGCGUCGAGUGUGAACGGAGACGGGGAAUUCGUCUGGAUCCUACAGGAUAAUGAUGGCUUGGUUAUUGUCUUUUUGAAUCGUUUAAAUGGCAUGGUACUGAAAAGAUUAAAGAUAUGGAUGCUC